GUGGUUGGAGGUGCGUGUCGAACAACUGAGGUCGAUGUCGCCGCAGGGCAGGAGCGAUGAGAAGAAGCCGGAAUUCGUGCUAAGACCUAAUCUGGAGCAUUUGAUUGGCUCUUGCCGUUUCUUGCCGGAGAGAAGCAGCCUGCCAUUUCGACUGGCCACGAGCUUCGACUUUUGGCCACCUUCACACUGCUCCCAGAAUUUGUGAGUUUCCGUGACUUUGCACGUCACAGCAAGAGCCCGUAAGACUCAUAGCCAAUUUGCCCGACCAAGCCUUUGCGCACCCCUCAACACCUCCCCCGAGUCCACACGCGCAUCCACCGCAAUCAUGGCCUCGAACGGCGAAUACCCCCAGGACGACUCGCCGCCCGCUUCCCCCACUUUGAACCCCCAGCAGGACCAGUCUGAGUCGGAAGAUGAGAUUCCUGAGCAGAAGCCCAAGUCGGCAUUGAAGAAGUCUGCUCCCGCACCCGCCGUCCAGAAGCCCUUCAUCGCCGAGCAGCCCGACCCGUCAACCAUCGAUGUCAAGGCCCUCAACCCUCUGUCGCCCGAGAUCAUUUCGCGCCAGGCCACCAUCAACAUUGGUACCAUCGGUCAUGUCGCUCACGGAAAGUCAACAGUCGUCAAGGCCAUCUCUGGUGUCCAGACUGUCCGUUUCAAGAACGAGUUGGAGAGAAACAUCACCAUCAAGCUCGGUUACGCCAACGCAAAGAUCUACAAGUGCGACAACGAGGAGUGCCCGCGCCCCACUUGCUACAGGAGUUAUAAGAGUGACAAGGAGGUCGACCCUCCAUGUGAGAGAGAAGGAUGCGCUGGUACAUACCGUCUGCUUAGACAUGUCUCCUUCGUCGACUGCCCUGGUCACGACAUUCUCAUGAGCACCAUGUUGUCUGGCGCCGCUGUCAUGGACGCCGCCCUCCUCCUCAUCGCCGGAAACGAAACCUGCCCUCAGCCCCAAACCUCUGAGCAUUUGGCCGCCAUUGAGAUCAUGAAGCUGAACCACAUCAUCAUUCUCCAAAACAAGGUCGACCUCAUGCGCGAGGAGGCCGCUGGCCAACACCACGAGUCUAUUUUGAAGUUUAUUCGUGGUACCGUCGCCGAUGGCAGCCCCAUCAUCCCCAUCUCCGCCCAGUUGAAGUUCAACAUCGACGCUAUCAACGAGUAUCUCGUCUCCAAGAUUCCCGUCCCCCCGAGAGAUUUCACCGCCGCCCCUCACAUGAUCGUCAUCAGAUCAUUCGAUGUCAACAAGCCUGGUGCCGAGAUUGAGGACCUGAAGGGUGGAGUUGCUGGUGGCAGUAUCCUGACUGGUGUAUUGAAGCUUGGUGAUGAGAUUGAGAUCAGACCCGGAAUUGUCAGCAAGGACGAGCAGGGCAAGAUUCAGUGCAAGCCCAUCUUCUCCAGAGUUGUUUCGCUGUUUGCUGAGAACAACGAUCUUAAGUUCGCUGUUCCUGGUGGUCUUAUUGGUGUUGGUACUCGUGUCGACCCCACUCUCUGCCGUGCCGAUCGUCUGGUCGGUUUCGUCCUUGGUCUCCGUGGCCAGCUCCCCGCCAUCUACACUGAGAUUGAGGUCAACUACUUCCUGCUCCGCCGUCUGCUCGGUGUCAAGACUGCCGAUGGCAAACAAGCCAAGGUUGCCAAGCUCGCAAAGAACGAAGUCCUCAUGGUUAACAUUGGUUCUACCGCCACUGGUGCUAAGGUCGUCGCCGUCAAGGCCGAUGCCGCCAGACUUCAACUCACCAGCCCUGCCUGUACCGAGAUUGGCGAGAAGGUCGCUCUUUCCCGCAGAAUCGAGAAGCAUUGGCGUCUUAUUGGAUGGGCCACCAUCCUUGCCGGUUCUACUCUCGAGCCCACCAUCGAGUGAACAACGACUGGUUGAUAUAUCACCAACGAAACACACCGAUACCCAUUUAAGCGAGAUCGCCAAUUCAGAUCUUGUGGGUACGACACGUAGAGGAUUCAAUGUGAAGAGGACGAUCAAAAGUUGGAUUUGCAUGAACGCACAACGCUUUUCUGAAUGUGCGAGGCGCGCUUGUGCGGGAUGCAUGCUUGUCUGUGGGCAUUAGAUUUGGGGGUGUUUUUUUUAUGGCGCUGAGGACGAGAAGGGAUGAGUGUUUCUUUUUCUUAUCUUUCCAUCCACGGAUCUAUCCCUGGCUAUUCACCCCCUAUUGCAUGACACCGAAGAAAAUACACAGUUUUAUGACAGCAC